AUGGCGGCACCCGACAGCAAGCUGGACAUUGCCCACGACGAGCACCAGGACGGCCACGGCCCCAACAUGGACGUCAAGCACGCCGACCGCGCCCUCGCCCUCAUCGGCAACGCGCAGGUCGAGCUCACCGAGGAGGACAGCCGCCGCAUCUGCCGCAAGACGGACCGCGUCAUCCUCGCCAUCCUCGUCUGGGUCUACUUCCUCCAGAUCCUCGACAAGUCGGUCCUCGGCUACGGCGCCACCUACGGCCUCAAGACGGACACGGGCCUCACCGGCAACCAGUACUCCCUCGUCGGCUCCAUCGCGCCCAUCGCCCAGCUCGCCUGGCAGCCCUUUUCGUCGUUUCUCAUCGUCAAGGUCCCGCACCGCAUCCUCAUGCCCGUGCUCUGCCUCGGCUGGGGCAUCGCCCAGGCCGCCAUGGCCGCGUGCCACAACUUUGGCGGCCUCAUGGCCUCGCGCUUCUUCCUCGGGCUCUUCGAGGCCGGCUGCCUGCCGCUCUUCAGCAUCAUCACCAGCCAGUGGUACCGCCGCGCCGAGCAGCCCAUCCGCGUCGCCGCCUGGUACGGCACCAACGGCCUGGCCACGAUUGUGGCGGCUGGCAUCUCGUACGGGCUGGGGCACAUCAAGUCGGACAUUCUCAAGGAGUGGCAGAUCAUCUUCCUCUUCGUCGGCCUCGUCACCAUCGUCUCCGCCCCGUUCGUCUACUGGAAGCUCGACAACGACAUCCCCUCGGCGCGCUUCCUCACCGAGCACGAAAAGGCGCAGGCCAUUGAGCGCCUGCGCGCCAACCAGACGGGCACGGGCUCGCGCGACUUCAAGUGGCGGCACGUCCUCGAGACGGCCCUCGAGCCCAAGACGUACCUGUGGAUCGGCAUGGCCAUGCUGCUCAACGUCGGCGCCAGCGUCACCAACACGUUUGGCCCGCUCAUCCUCAACGGGAUCGCCACCGACAAGUACCAGACGAGUCUUCUCAACAUGCCGUUCGGCGCGCUGCAGUGCAUCGUCAUCCUGUCGGCGAGCUGGCUGGCGCAAAAGGCCAAGCUCAAGGGCGCCGUGCUGGCCGCCUUUAUGCUGCCCGUCGUCGCCGGCCUGGCCGUGCUCUACUCGGUCAAGCGCGACGGCAACGCGCGCGCGCCCCUCCUCGUCGGCUACUACCUGCUGGCCUUCCUCUUCGGCGGCAACCCCCUCAUCGUGACGUGGAUCGUCGGCAACACGGGCGGCACGACCAAGAAGUCGGCCAUCAUGAGCGUCUACAACGCCGCCAGCUCCGCAGGCAACAUCAUCGGCCCGCUGCUCUUCAACGACCGCGACGCCCCCGAGUACAAGCCGGGCCUGCGCGCCUGCCUGGGCAUCUUUGUCGCGCUGGUCGCCGUCAUCUUCAUGCAGUGGGCCAACCUCAUGGUCCUCAACCGCCUGCAGGAGAAGCGCCGCGUGCAAAACGGCAAGCAGGCCAAGGUCGUCGACCGCUCCAUGCAGGACCACUACCACAGCGCCCGCGAGGUCGACGACAUGGAGAUUCGCCCCGUCGAGGAGGAGGGCGUGGCGGUGCCGGAGCCCAAGCUGGGCGAGAAUGCGUUCCUCGACAUGACGGACCGCGAGAACGACGAGUUCAUCUACAUUUACUAG